AUGGCGUCUCAACGGCUGGCGAUGCGCCUGAACCAGGCUUCUCGCUCGCGUCAAGCCAUCUCCGCCGUCAAGCAGAGAACUGCCCGCUCCCAACCGGGCCUCAUCCGCAGUCUGGCGACGCCAGUGGGUAACCAGGGCGUUGCGAUGGAAAGCACUACGCUCAGCAAUGGCUUUACGAUUGCCUCAGAUCACUCCCCCUACGCCCAAACCUCAACGGUAGGCGUCUGGAUCGAUGCGGGUUCUCGCGCGGAAACAGACAAGACGAAUGGCACCGCUCACUUCCUCGAACAUCUGGCCUUCAAGGGCACACAGAAGCGCUCGCAGUCCCAGCUCGAGCUGGAAAUUGAGAACAUGGGCGCCCACCUGAACGCCUACACGUCCCGCGAGAACACCGUCUACUACGCCAAAGCCUUCAACAACGACGUCCCCGCCACCGUUGACAUCCUCGCCGAUAUCCUGCAAAACAGCAAACUCGAGAACAACGCCAUUGAGCGGGAAAGAGAUGUCAUUCUGCGGGAGCAGGAGGAGGUUGACAAGCAGCUGGAAGAAGUUGUCUUCGACCACCUCCACGCCACAGCGUUCCAGGGCCAGCCGCUCGGCCGCACCAUUCUUGGACCCAAAGAGAACAUCCAGUCCAUCAACCGCGAGGACCUGACUAACUACAUCAAGACCAACUACACCGCCGACCGUAUGGUCUUGGUUGGUGCUGGUGGCAUCCCUCACCAACAGCUCGUCGAACUCGCAGAAAAGCACUUCUCCUCCAUGCCCGCCUACAACCCCAACGCCCAAGCCACCGCCGGCCAACGCGGCAUCACCACCCGCCCCGACUUCGUCGGCUCCGAGGUCCGGAUACGCGACGACACCAUGCCGACCGCCAACAUCGCCAUCGCCGUCGAGGGCGUCAGCUGGAAAGACGACGACUACUUCACCGCCCUCGUCACGCAAGCCAUCGUCGGCAACUGGGACCGCGCCAUGGGCAACUCGCCCUACCUGGGCUCCCGCCUCAGCACCUUCAUCCACGAGAACAAGCUGGCCAACAGCUUCAUGUCCUUCUCCACCUCCUACUCUGACACCGGGCUGUGGGGUAUUUACCUCACCUCGGACGCCAUGACCCGCCUCGACGACCUCGUCCACUUCACCCUCCGCGAAUGGUCGCGCUUGUCUUUCUCCGUGACCGAAGCGGAAGUCGAGCGCGCCAAGUCCCAGCUCAAAGCCUCCAUCCUGCUCUCCCUCGACGGCACCACGGCCGUGGCAGAGGACAUUGGACGCCAGAUCAUCACCACCGGCCGGCGAUUGGACCCGCAGGAGGUCGAGCGCGCGGUGGGCAGUAUCACCGAAAAGGAUGUGAUGCGCUUCGCGCAGACGCGGCUGUGGGAUCGCGAUAUUGCGAUUUCGGCGGUGGGCCAGAUUGAGGGGUUGUUGGAUUACGCGCGGAUUCGGAGUGAUAUGAGUCGGAAUUUGUCGUAG